UCCAUAGGAUAGCCUUAUUACUCUGCUAAAUACUUGUCCUCAAUAGUCUCUGCGCCAAGGUGGUACACGGAGCUAGAUACUUUGGCAAAAUAUUUCCCGGCGUACGACUUGUGGUCCUAGGAUAUUUUCUCUGACAUCGACCGCCUCAUCUGGUAACCUUGCUUUAGCACCACGAGCUCUCCAUCCUUUACCUUUUCACGUAAUGCUUAGGUGCCUGUCAGUAUUUUCUUGUUUGGCCUCCCUACUCUUCCGUCGGCGCGGGUCGGCAAGUGCCGAAGUAUAAAACCAGCACUACCAAAGCCUGGCUGUCUGAGCGUCCCUAUGACCUGGUGCAUACGGCGGUUGCUUUAGCGGCGUGGGGUUAUGUCGCUUAGUCGCCGUUGAACGCUCGAGCUGUCUCCCUGGCGUCAAUUUACAGAUUGCUGACUAGAUGGUCUUUUGGGAUCCGGACGCGUUGGGAAGGUUUGGAGUUGGCAACUAACCGCGCGAGGGACCAACUUACGGCGUCCGUUCUUGCGUCGUGCGCCGCUUGCAGCCGCGGGAGCAUACCUAAAAUUCCACAAGGUAAAAUCCACCUAUAUGGAGCCGGAAGUUGCAGAGGAGGAGCACCACGACGUAAGAUGUCUACCAAUCUCACGGCAGCAGCGAUACAACCCAGCUUCAGAUGCGCCAGCGGGACCACAACUGCCCCUCUCAACCGGCUACCUACCGCUGCCCGGAGCCCGACCAGAGGGCGCGGUGUCGCGACCCCAGCCCGCGGACCCGCACCAGCACCAACACCAGCAGCAGCAGGCUCGCCUGAUCGCCCACUUGGUACAAGCGCAAGCGCAGGCUCAGCGCAGCGAGGGUGAGGACGCGGCCACCGCGGCUGCCCGCGCCAUCCUCGCCCUGCUGGGCCCCUCCCUGGCCGCCGCAGCCGCCCUGCAGCUCUCCCUGCCGCCUCCCUUCCAGACACGCACUGAGCGCGGACCCGAGGGCGCGGCUGCCUCCCCGCCCCGCGCCGGGGAGGGCGGUGGUGUGGGGGCUGAUGCGAGCCAGGUUGCGGAGCGGGACGCCUGUGGGGGUCUGCUGGAGGGCUGCCGGUCCUGCGGCCCCUGCUCCCACCAGGCAGUGCCUCGCCCCGCCAAGCAGCGCCUGCAGCAGCCCUCCCCGGACCCCCUCAGACAGCUGCAGCUGCCCUCCCAACAGAAACCACCGCCGCACCAGCAGCCACCACAACCACCGCAGGAUCAGGACCCCGACCAGCCACCUCAGCAGGGGCCGCAGCACCCAGGAUCCGCCUCACCGCAUGCCGCCCCGGCCCCUCCGGGGCUGUCCGCCGCCGCCGCCGCCGCCGUGAUGGCAGCCGCCUGGCAGGCCUCCGUGGGGGCGGCGGCGGCGGCAGCGGCGGCAGGCGCCUCCGCUGCGGCUCCGCCAGCAGGUCUGGCGGCCCUGCCCGCCGGCCUCAGCCCGGCCAUCUGGGCCGCACUGGCGCCCGCCGCCGUCGGUCCGCUGGGGCAGUUGGGGCAGCUUGCUGGGCUGCUGCUGCCGCCGCAGGAGCUAGGCGGGAGCGCAGAGGAGGCGGUGCAGCCGCAGCAGCAGCCGUCGUUGCGUGGUCCGCCUCGUCCUACGAGCCCGGAGCAGCAGGAGGGGGAGCCGCGGGGGCAGGGGCAGGAGGAGGGGCCGGCAUUGAGUUCGGGCGGCAGUGGCAGCGGCAGCGGCAGUGGCAGCGAGGGAGCUGGCAGUGGUAUGAGCGGUGGGGGCGGGUGCGGCGCUGUGCAGCGGAGGUCCUGCAGUGGAGGUGGCGGGCACAGAGGGGCGGAACCGGGACAGGGGCGGCGAUCUGGAGGUGGUGGCGGGCGGACUGCGCCAGCACCGGGCAAGCUGGGCGGGAGCGGCUCGCAGCCCGCCGCACCGCACCUGCAGCGCCGCCGGGCAUCCGAGGCUGGACGAAUGCGCAAUGCGGCAGCAGCAGCAGCGGUGGCGGGUCUGGAGCUGCGUCGUCAGGCCGCAGACCCGCCCGGGGCCGCUGGUGGGGGGGACGCUGACGCCGACGGGGACAGUGUCAUGCGCGAGGCGGGAAGUGAGGCCGAGGCAGCCGAGCAGCAGCCGCAGCCGCCGCCAGCUGCUGCCGAUGGUCCGUCUCACGGCUCGCAGGCGGACCCAGCGCAACCCACCACACGUCUCUCCCUGGUUCGACUACAGCCGCCCAGCCGGGGGGAUGCGCCGGCUGCGGGAUCCACUCCGCGCUCCCGGGCGCCCGGCGGCGUGCGUACGGCAGUCACGGCGGCGGCGGCGGAGCGCGACAGUGGGCGGGGCGCGUACAGCAGCGUGGGGUCGGGGGGGCCUGGAGUGGCGGGUGGGUCCGGCAGCGGGUCCGCGGCGCUGGCGGAGGUGUCGGAGGCGGCGGAGGGGGCCACUGCGGGCACCUCGGUAGUGCACCCGCUGCAGCUGCAGCAGCAGAAGGGCGGCGGAGGUGUUGGUGGCGGCGGUCAGAAGCGCGGGCUGCCGGGUACGGCACGGCGGCCAACAGGCAGCGGCGGCGGAGGCGGCGGCACACCUGGCGACGGUGGCGGCGGCAGCAACUAUGGCGAGUGCGACGGCGGUGACGGCCGAGCCGGCGGGCCCAAGGUACGACACCUGGGCUCGCCCGCCCACCUCCGGCCGCCCAGCGGCGGCGGCGGCGGUGUUGCGGCGGGGCCGCCCGCCGGCCUCCGGAGCGGCCUCCUAGGUCCCAGCCGCCUCGGUCCCCGCGCCCCUCCUCCCGGCACCCGGCCGCAUUCACCCCUCCCGCAGCUGCGGCCGCAUGAGCCCCCGCCGGACCUUCGCGUCCAACCUCAUCCCGGAAAGACAACCCAGCCGCAGCAGCAGCUGCAGUACGACAGCCCCGAGUACGGCAUGGAGGAGUCCCCGGGUACGGCAGAGGCAGAUGCUGACGCGGAUGAUGAUCCCAUGGUUGACGCGGCGAAUGUGAUGGAUACGACGGAGGCGGCGGCGGAGGCUGCGGCGACGGAAGCGGCACGUGAGAUGAUGGGGGCCGGGGGCGGUGCGGAGGGAGCCGGAAGCCGCAGCGGCGACGAGGGCAGUCGCAGCAGCCACUGCGGCGAUUCCGACGGCGGCCGAGGAGAGGGGCGCGCUAGCGGCGGCGGGCAUAGCGGAGGAGGCAGCGGCGGCGGCAGUGAUGGAGAUCGCAGCGGCGGCGACGGAAGCGGCGGCGACGGCAGUGGCGCUGACGGCAGCGGUGGUGACGGCAGCGGCGACGGCAGCGGCGCCAGUCGCUACACGGUGGGGGUUGGCGCGAGCGGCGCCGCAGGGGUUCCGCUUCGCACGGGAGGGGAGGCCGGUGCGCACCCCCAUGCGUCCCCCCUGCAGGCGCCGCGGCUGAAGGCUUCUGCAGGCGGUUCCGCUGCCGCCGAUCUGUCGCCGCCGCUGCGGCCACCUCGCAGCGCCGCCGGGGCUGCCCCGGACAGCGCCGCCGCCGCCGCCACCACCGCCACCUCAAACGCAUCCCGAGCCGCCGCCGCCGCAGCUGGCCCCUCUGGCCGCUUCAAGGCUGCCGCAAUGACGCCGCAUCGCUACCCACCGCUUCCCAGGCAGCUCCCGAGCAGCGGCGGAACCAGGCCGGCAGCAACGGACGGCGGGGACGACGGCAGCGGAAGCGCUCAUACGGCGCUAGCCGGCAGUGAACAGGGGCCGCUGCUGAGCCGGGGCUCACUGCAGCCGCCGCCGGCCUCCCUGCUUCGCGGCGGCAGUGGUCCGGGUGCUGCUGCUGCCGGCGGCGGCGGAGGCCCUGCAGGCGACGCAGCAGCAGCCGCCGGUGGCGGCGGCGGCGGCGCAGCUAGCGCGGCCGCCCUCCUGCACUCCACCGCCGGAGCCAGCAGCGGCGUGUUCGGUGGUUGCUUCGGCGACGGGAGCGGCGGCGGCGGUUGCACUCGCGGCCCCAGGCGCCCCCGGCUGCUGUGGACGCACGAGCUGCACUGCCGCUUCAUGGCUGUGGUGGCGCAGCUGGGCGUGGAAACGGCGGUUCCCAAGAACAUCCUGCAGCUGAUGGGCGUGGAGGGGCUCACGCGCGAGAACGUGGCCAGCCACCUGCAGAAGUACCGCCUCUACCUGCGCCGGCUGGCGGGCGUGUCGGCCAGCAGCGCCAUCCCGCCCCACCUGCUGGACGGGGUGCAGCUGCAGGCCAUGCGGCAGCACAUGCUGAAGCACCAGCAGCAGCUGAGUCAGGCGGCGGCGCUGCAGGCGAUCAAGCCGCAGUUGGCGGAGGGGGCAGCUCAGGCGGCGGGAGGCGAGCAGGCGCAGGGGUCAGAGGCACUGGCGACGGCCUCUGCAAGUCCCUCCCAGCAGGGCCAACAGCAGCAGCAACAGCAGCAGCACAAUAACCAGGCAGCCGCCGCCGCAGCAGCAGCGGUGGCGGCAGCUGGACUGGGGCUGGGACUGCAGCUGGGAGGGGUGGGGCAGCCGUUCGGUUUCGGUCUCUCGCCGCAUUUGCAGCUGGCGGGGCUGGGCGGGGGAGCGGGCGGUAGCCCAGCUGUCCUCGCAGCCGCCUCGCAGGGCGCCGUCGCCGGUCUGGGUUUUCCCCUGGCCAGCCCCUUCGACACCUCCGCAGCUGGCGUGGCCGGCUUCGCGGGCCUGCAGGGCCUAGCCAGGGGGGGGCCCAUGCCGGGGCAGGGCGGGGGGGCCGCCGACGCCGGGUUACUGGGUGCUGCGGCUCCCUCAGCUGUCAUGCAAUCCGCCGGGGCCGACCCUGGAGCCCUGUCCGGCUCCCUGGGGGGCAGCAGCGGGGGCCUGCCCGAGCAGCAGCAGCAGAUGAACCACGGGUCGGCGGCUGCGGCUCUGAGCCUGCAGCAGCUGCAGCAGUGGCAGGCGCAGCAGCAGCAGCUGGCGGCGCUCAUGGCGCUGGCGCAGAGCCAGCAGCAGCAACAGCAGCUGCUGCUGCAGUUCCAAUUGCAGCAGCAGCAAUGGCAGCAGCAGCUGCAGCAGUGGCAGCUGCAACAGCAGCUAGCGCAGGGCUUCCCCGCAGGGCCUCCCCCAGGUGCCGCCUUCCCGCCUCCCUCGCAUGGACGCCCGUCAGACCUGGGCGCUGCUGCUGCUGCCGCUGCCUCCGAGGGGGCUGCUGCUGCUGCCGCUGCGCUCGGGCAGCAGCCGCAUCAGCUACUGCAUGGCUCCCUCGCCUCCCUAACUGCCCUGCACCAACAUCAGCAACAACAACACCAGCAGCAGCAGCAGCAGGAGCAGCUGUACGGCACAAACCACCCCAACGACGCCCUCCGGCAGCAGCUGAGCGCCAAUGCCGCAUCCGCAGCCGCUGAGGCGCCCCGCCCGCCGCCCCCUGACGCCGCCUCUGCCCCGCUGUCCGCCUCCCAACCAGCGCUGUACGGCCUACUCGCACUGGGUCUGGGCGGAGGGGAUGCAGGCGGGCCCCAGGCUGCCACCCUGGAGCAGCAGCAGCAGCAGCAGAUGGCUGCCGCUGGCGGUGCGGGCAUGGGUGCGUAUGGGGGACUCGGGCUGGGGCUGCUGGGGGGUGCGGCCGGCGGCUCCGGACUGGGGGCCUUCGGAGGUGGAGGAGGUGGCGGAGGUGCUGCUGCCGGCGGCCCCGAGCAGGCAGCUGUGCUUCAGCAGCUGUAUGCCCUUCAGCAGCAGCAACAGCAGCAACAACAGGUGCAGCAGGUGCAGUAUCUGCUGCAACAACAGCAGCAACAACAGCAGCAAGCGCAAGGGACCUUCGCUCUCGGCGGGUUGCAGGGCCUACCGGGGCUGUCAGUGGGUGGCGGGGUUCUGGGACCGGGGGGCCUGCCGGCGUCUGCGUUCGCAACCGCGCAGCUGCCGCAGCACCCGCACUCGCAGCAGGGCUUGCUGCUGGCGUCUCCGCAGCUGCCCGCCCCUGCACCGGCACAGCAGCAGCAGCAGCAGCAUGCAAGGGCUGCAGGGGGGGACCAGUCGGGAGCUGCAUGGGGCCUGGGCUCCGGAGUGGGUCAGGGUCUGGGGCUGAGCGGCGCCGGGGGCGCUGCCGCCGGGGUGCUGCCGUACACGCUCGGGGGCGGCGGCGGCAGCGGCGGCUGGGGCCAGCCCGCUGCGCUGCCGCCGUACGGCAUGUCGUCGCCUCCGCCACCUCCGCCGCUAGGUUCCGCGGAGCUGCAGCCGCAGCACCGGCUGGCGGGGGAGGCGGCGCAGCAGCAGCAGCCACCUGCAGGGGGACUGCUGCGGCCCAAGCCGCAUGUGCGCAGCAGCGGGGAAGCGCUCGCCGAGGGUUUGAGGAGCGUGUUCGCUCGGCCCAUCGGGGGCCGCGGCGGCGGAACCGGCAGCAGUGGCGGCGCCUCCGGUGGCGCUGGCGGCGGCGGCGGCUCCUCUAGUGGCAGCGGCAGUGCGGGGGGUGGCGACGGCGGUGACGGCGGCGCCCCCGAGGCCCUGAGCAGCGGUUCCCUAGACUUCCAGUUGCCUCACCUGGCGCAGCUGCUGCAGCCCCCUGGGGGGGGUGGAGGGGGGGCGGGGGCGGGGGGUGGCGGGGGGCACUGCACGGCUAGCUACAUGAUGGGGUGAGGGACGGGGUUGCUGCCUUCGCAUGGGUGGAUAGGUGUGAGGUGGUUUGCGAGUCUGCGGCGGCUGGAGCUGGAUGUUCCGGGGGGCGGGGGGUUGUAAGUGGCGCCGGCAAGCGCAUGCGUGUUGCCUUGCAGUGGAUAGCAGAUGUGGCCAGCAUAGAUGAAGGCGUGGAGGGUGGGGGGUCAGCCCAGGAGGUCUGGACGGGGGUGGGGGGGGCACACGGGCCUGUGAGGGAAGCAUGCAAACGCAUACGCACAUGCAAGAUAGCCUCACCUGGUGCGGGUGACUAGUACCUUUAGCUGAUUAGGAACGGCCCUGGCACGCCAUGCGACGUCCUGCUGGGCCACUAGGUUGCUUGGAGGAGUUACGUUGCUAGUAGGGCGCGUGUCCCGGUUGGGAACGAUAGACCUUUAGAUCCUACUGCACCGUACGGUGGGGGGGGACCUCGGUCCCCGCUUGCAUGCACCCACGCUGCUUCACUGCAGCCCUCACUUCGCUACAUACAUUGACAUGUAUGUCGAGUCGGGCAAAGGACGGGAGCGCAUAUCGUCUGCAUGAGAGGUUGAGCAGUGGAGGGAGUCAGGACUCAGGAGGGGCGCGCCACACACAGGGCGACAGCAUUGCCAGUCCCGGCCCGGCGUCGUUAGGGGUGCGCAGCAGUUUGGAGGGGUGCAACGUGACACGUGCGUUGGUCAGGGAGCGCGAGACGAGGGCGGCAAUCAGCUGGUGUGGCAGGUACUGGUACCCGACAAGUGUCGAAGAGGGAAGCGAAGAUGGUCGGUACAUCAUUGGUGUGAAGGACGGUGUCGUACUGCGGCCGAUGCAUGGGGUUAUCGUACCUUCGGUGCUGCGGGUGGUGGUGCCCUGUUACCGUACACAGAGUGAUACCGAGCAGCAGGGAACCGUGAGAGGUCUGAGGACCGUUGUGGCGAGGAGGGAGUGCGGAGGCGCAUGGACUGCGGUCCCCACAGAGCGAGGAGCAUGAGCGUCACAAAUAAGCGUCCCUUCUUUCCUGGUUUUGACGCCCAGGUCCGUCCGUGUUAUUGAACACACUGAGCUCUGUGUAUGCGUUUUUUUUCCCGAUGUGGACUGUUACAGAGGAAGGACAGGAAGACCACCAAGAAACCAGCGUGUGUUUUGAGAAGGCUGUUUGGUUUGCGUUGCUGGUGUUGGUUGUUCACCUCGAGGCAGCAAGGCGAGUGUGCUGCGCAGUCCGUUUGCUUUGCAGCUUGACACUGAGCGGUGCGGAGCGAUGGUUGGUGGCGUGAGGCCCCCGGAAGAGGUGUGGAGGGUCGAGGUGUGAGGUCGCUGGUGGUAGGAGAGUAGACGGGGUGCCCCGAUGUGGCAGCAGGCGCCAGCAGGCUGCGGGCGAGGUGUGUGAAGAAGAUUUGGCCGCGAGGAGGGGACGUACUGGAUGGCUCCGAGGGGAGAGGUCGGAGCGCAUUGAAGGAGCGAAAGUGGACACGAGGGUUUCAUUUGGUGGUUGGUUGGUUUGUGGUGACGUAGUGGUGGUCGCGUUGUGAGCUGAUGACUCCCUGGAUUCCUUCGUGGCACCUCUUUCAUGGUAGAGUGGCGGACAGCGCCUUUUAUGUUUCAUUGUUGGACAGCGGAGACGCGCGAGUCGCAGAUUGCUCGGGUCGAUGGUCUAUAUUUCUAUACUACGUUAUCUGAGUUUGGUAUGUUUGGUAUUCGAGUUUGAAAUGGCACGCGAGUCAAAAGUACUUAUCCAGUGGGUGUGUGUUUAUGUCAUGUUGUGUCGUGUUUGAGGUCUGUGACCGUUUUUCGGCCUGCCUUGAUUGAGACGUUUGUGACAGCUGUGGCGUUUCAAUAAAAUGUUGGAAACAGAGUUUUGCGACUGGUGAAGUCUGGAGUGUCAUGUAAGACCGGCAACAUUAGGGUUUGUGUGUGCGAGUGCGGGAACCUGUCGUACAGGCACAUUCACUUUUCGUACGGGAGUGGGAGUUGUCAGAGGAGGAGCAUUGAGCGAAUGGUGUUGCCGCGAAAGAAUUGCAUAUGAGUGUGGGCGGCCGGCUCGGCGCUCUGCUUUUGCGUUUUUAUUUCGUUAUGUGUACGGCUGUUGUGUUUGCGUUUAGCCCACACGCGUGUGGACUUUCGCUGUUUCCCCGCAUCCCACCUUCCCCUCCUUCACAUCUGCACGCGGUGCGGCUUGUAACGAGUGGGUCACACCGCCGAGCAGCGGCUGCAUGUCAUGGGGGCAGGCAAGCGGUUGACCAUGCGAACGGACCCAGGCCAGCGGGAGGUAAUGGAGCCUUUGACAACCACGCCACCGCCAUUUCUGAUUGAGCAGGCAUUAAUGAACCCAAUGCCUGGGACCAAACACCACCCCAACUUCCAAGCAACAACGUUACAAGGCCGCAGCAACCUGUGGCCAUAACCCCGACCUUGCGUGUGGGAGGAGGCUCACGCACACCGGUACACUCACUAUGAACCAGGUUGCAGUUUGCAGCGCCACCCACGGUUGCGUUGGUGGCGCUGCGGCAUCAAGUUGCGGUCCGAACAUCCGACGGGCAAACCCCCGUGUA